UGAAGGAGGACGGAUGGAGGGAGGGGAGCUCUGAGGAUAAAUGCGCUCUUUCAUUUCAAAGUGAGAGAAAUCCGUUACUAGAGGCACAUAUUUGCAUCGACAGAAACUCGCGGGAGACAAGCGUUUCGUCGUCAAUGUGGGGGAAAUCAGCACAGAGGAUCAUGGAUAACAAGUUAUCAGAGGAACCGUGCGCAACUCACCUCAAACUUUUGGCUUGAUGAGCGGAGUUUGUGUCAGCGGGAGAGCUUAAGCUUCAAAGACGCGCUCCGGAGUCAGGAGGGAUAAAGCGCUCUGCUCACUGACUGUUUGGGGAAGGUGUUACACAUUAGUAAUGGUUUAAUGACUCUGGACUGCGGCCUCUUGUUGGAUGGGACAGGUGCAGGAUUUUCACGCUCAAAACAUGGGUCACUGAGGUGUCAAUUAAGUCGUUUUCUUUAACCUAAAUACCCUUCUAUGCACUGCUAUAUAACCUUCUCCUGUGGUGCCACUCAAAUACUCCUACAGGGACUUAAAAGCGCCAAAAUCACGGACAAUAAUUCUGGUGUCGAGUAGAUUUAGUUUAUUUAAAUCUAUAUUUAACAACUCGUGACUGCUUUUGUAAACGUACUGAAUUGAGGCUGCCACACGCAGCCAUGCCACAGCAGCACAGUUUGACUGGAUUUUACGCAUCCCUUGGGGAAAGAGAGGGCUGAAAAGCGCAUGUGUUUAUGUGUGUGUGGUGGACGCCGAUGCACUACAUUUCCAACAGCUCAGGGAAGACCACUUUGUAAACAGGAAAAAAAGAGAAAAGGUGGGGGAAAUAGACGAGAGACUCUGCUUUCGUUCUGUUUUAUAAAUGGAGCUGCGUAAAUACCUGUUGUGCCUGGAGUUCAUCCUCCUUCUUAAAGGACGAUGUAAAUGUUUCAACAUAGAUGUAAAGAAUCCGCGCAUCUUCACCGGUCCAGAGGAAGCUCUGUUUGGCUUCUCUGUGUUACAACAUGAAUCACACAGAGAGAAAUCGAUGCUGGUCGGGGCUCCCUGGGAUGGGCCACCUAACACACGGAGGCGUUCAGUGCUGAGCGUGGAGCCAGGCAGGGCGCCACCAAGGUGAUGAUUGUAGUGACAGACGGAGAGUCACAUGACGGGGAGGAGCUAGAAGACGCUCUGGUGGAGUGUAACAACAGAAACAUCACCAGAUACGCCAUCGCUGUACUGGGUCAUUACAUCCGUCGGCAGCAGGACCCCGAGACAUUCAUUAAUGAGAUCAAGUUUAUCGCCAGCGACCCUGAUGACAAAUACUUUUUCAAUGUGACUAAUGAAGCCGCUCUCAAUGACAUUGUGGAUGCCCUGGGAGAUCGCAUCUUCACUCUGGAAGGCACACUGGGCUACAACGAGAGCUCGUUCCACAUGGAGAUGUCUCAGAUCGGCUUCUCCACACACACACUGGAUGAUGGCAUUUUGUUUGGGACGGUGGGUGCCUAUGACUGGGACGGUGGAGUGCUGAAGGAAGGGAUCAAUGGACGCAUAACGCCAUCCAGAGAGGCUUUUAAAAGCGAGUUUCCACUGGAGCUCAAAAAUCAUGCUGCUUAUUUAGGUUACACAGUGUCAUCUGUGGUAGUUGGUGACUGGAGGAGACUGUAUGUUGCUGGGGCUCCUCGAUUCAAACACAAAGGCAAAGUCAUCCUGUUUGAACUCAGUGAAGACGGCAAUGUCAACAUUGUACAGGCCCUCAAUGGAGAACAGAUUGGAUCUUACUAUGGCAGCGAGGUGUGUGGGCUCGAUAUCGACCAGGAUGGCAUCACUGAUGUCCUUCUGGUUGCAGCUCCAAUGUUCCUUGGCUCAGGAAACAAGGAGGCUGGUAAAGUCUACAUCUACUCCCUCAGUGGGGAAGAGAAGUUUGUAUCUAAUGGUACUCUGAAGUCUGAGGAUAAGACCCAGGAUGCCAGGUUUGGUUAUGCACUGGCAGCCGCUCCAGACCUCAACCACGACGGCUUCACUGACCUACUGGUGGGAGCCCCGCUGGAGGAUGAACACAGGGGGGCCAUCUAUGUCUACCAUGGAGACGGUAUUCAUAUCAUCCACAAUUAUAAGCAGCGUAUUCCAGGGUCAUCGAUUUCCCCCUCCCUGCAGUAUUUUGGCCGCAGUGUGAGUGCUCGGUUGGACUUGGACGGAGAUGAUCUAAUAGACUUGGCAGUGGGUGCACAUGGCAGUGCUGUGCUGCUCAGCUCUCGAAGUAUAGUCCAGAUCAAUGUGAGUCUGUCCUUCGAGCCGCACUCCAUCAACGUCAUUCAGAAGACCUGCCAGAGGGGAGCCAGAGAAUCAGCCUGUCUCAAUGCCACUGCCUGCUUCAAAACUGUGUCCCGCUCUCCUGGACCACACAGCAACAGCUUUGAUCUGUGGGUGUCGGCCAUGUUGGACGACAGGAAGUUGUCUGCGCGGGCACUGUUUGACGACAGCUCCCACCGGCAGACCCAGCUGGCAGUCCGAGUUCACACAGGACAAACUCUCUGCUAUAAGCUGCCCUUCCAUGUCUAUGACACAGCAGAUUACAUCCGUCCAAUUAGCUUCUCACUGCGGUUUAAGAUCAACAAUACAGAGAGUGGUCCGGUGUUGGAUGAAGGCUGGCCAACAACUGUGAAGAAAUCUAUCCAGUUCUUUAAAGACUGUGGCGAGGAUGAUGUGUGUACGACAGAUCUGGUGCUGCAGGCUCAUAUGGACAUCUCUGGGACAAGACAGAAGCCUUAUGUGAUUCGCAGCCCUCGUAGGCGUCUGGCGGUGGAGGUGCAGCUUCAGAACAGACUGGAAAACGCCUACAACACCAGCCUGACGCUGCACUAUUCACGCAACCUGCACUUCUCCAGCCUCAGCAUUAGGGAGGAUGCCCACUUUAAGAUUGAGUGUACAGCCCUUGGUGCCAACAGCCACUCGUGUAAUGUCAGCUAUCCAGUAUUUCGCUCCCAGUCAAAAGUUAACUUCAUGUUGGAGUUUGAGUUCAGCUGCACAUCUCUGCACAGUAGAGUUCAGAUGAAGCUUAAUGCUGACAGCGACAGCGUGGAGAGAGAGGAUACUUUGGAGGACAACAGUGUUCAGCUGCAGAGUUUUGUUCAGUAUGAACCAGACUUGUUUGUUAGCAGUGACUCUAAUUUGAACCGAUAUGAGGUCCACCCCACUCGGACAGUGUCAGAGGCAAUUGGACCAGAGUUCUUCACGCACCUCAGGCUGCAGAACCUCGGCUGUUACUCAGUGAGUAAUCUGGAGCUCAGGCUGCAUCUGCCCUCUGUGGCUGCUGGAGACAGAGUCUUUAUGACUGUCACUGAUGUCUUUUCAUACAACGCCACAGGGGUGAACUGCAGCGUGCUGAGUGAUUUGGCCCAGCUAAAGGCCAGACAGAGGGAUGUACGCUCCCUUCAUCCUGAAGACAUGAUGCAGGAUGACAUACUGAACUGUAGCAGGUCAUGGUGCACGGAGAUUGUGUGCAAAGUCCAGCAGCUUCUAAGAGGCCAGGCGGCCGUCAUUCGCGUCAGCCGGAGAGUUCAUGAUGAUUUUUUCAGAAAAGCCAAAUAUAAGUCAGUGAGGAUAAUAGGUGCCUAUCGCCUCGCAGCUCAGGAGACUAACCUCGUUACUCUGGGUACAGGAACAGUCUGGAGGGAGACUGUACUGGAGGUGCUAAAGGGCAGAGCUAUUCCCAUCUCGCUGUGGAUUCUGAUCGGCAGCAUCAUUGGAGGCUUGCUACUACUGGCCCUUAUCAUUUUCAUACUAUGGAAGCUGGGAUUCUUCACACGCAAACAGAGAGGAGAGGAUGAGAACCAUGAGGACUGAGCCCUACUUUUGCUGCCAUGACAACAGUCAUUUGCCAUGACGAAUAACACAUGAGGCGAGUCCACCUCAGACCAGGCACAGAGAUAGUACUGGGAUUGGAUUCGAUACACAGACGCAACAGGGACCUCCAGGACCAAAGAGAGCACCUCGAGGGUUAAACAGAAAUGCACUACCCACUAUUUCCAGGGUCGGGAGCACUUAUGUAAAUAAUCUUUUUCUAAUUUCAAGGAAAAACCAAAGUGUAUUAAACCACAAUUCUUCUAUUUAAUAUACAGACAUCUUUAUGGUUUUACAUUUCAAAUGAUCACUUUGUCCAAUGUUUGUCUUACAGUUUUGUGUUAAUGGAAUAAACCUGUUGAAAAUAA